AUGGUUAACUUUUUGAUCGCUUUAAUUGUUUUAAUGGUCUCCUUAUCGGAGGCUGCUACUUAUUCAAAUAACUUCAAAAGAGCUGAUAUUUGCACAAAUGUUUUCCUCUCGGCAGUCCAUAAUAAGGAUAUUAAGGGUGAUAUCACAUUCUAUCAGGACUCUAAAGGUGCGGUAUGGAUUACUGGUACGUACCAAUGGGGAUUUCAGAGCCCAGAAACUUGGACUUACGAUUGGACUAUUCAAAACGGGUGCAGAAAUGUCAUUUUUAAUAUCACCCCUUAUCUCCAUACGGAAUAUGCUAUGAAUAGUGAUUGCAAUGGUUAUCCUUCCGAUAAUAAAAAAUUAAGUUAUAAAAAUAGAGGUCUUCUUUAUAAAAGAAUAGAUAAAGUAGAUACAUGUGAAAUUGGAGGAUGGGGAACUAAGCCAUGGGUAGUUAAGGUCGAAGGAUUGACCUGGGAUUGCAAUAAUGAAGGGUUUAAACAUCAAACUUGUGAUCAAGACUUUUAUCAAGACAACUUUACCUGUGAUAAUUCUCCUGGACGACUUAGUGGUCAAGGUUCAGGAACUGGCACGUAUUUAGUCAUUAAUGGAGAAAGUAAUUCAGGAAGUUCAAGUAUUACAUCUAGUGCUGCAAUUGCUAUCGUUAACGGCGAAGGAAUUUACAAAAAAUUGUCAAAUAACCAAACUUCUGCUAUGGGAGAGCCUUCAGGAACACAACAGCAAAAUAAAGCUACAGUAACACAGCAGCAACAAAAUCCUAAAGAAACUCAACAAGAACAAAAACCUAAAGAAACGCAACAGGAACAAAAACCUAACGAAACGCAACAGGAACAAAAACCUAAAGAAACGCAACAGGUCCAGAAACCUAAAGAAACGCAACAGGUCCAGAAACCUAAAGAAACGCAACAGGUCCAGAAACCUAAAGAAACGCAAAAGGAACAAAAUUCACCACAAAAGCCUUCGGUAGCACAAGGACAGCAACCACAAAAAACUACGUGA